GUUGGUAAACACGGGCGCAGGCCGCCAUUUUUUAACGCACUUCAAGCGAAAACUCAAUACAAAUUCAAACGUCAAACACGGGAACUGCAUGAGAAACUAUCAUAAGUGUAAAUUAGCUCGGCUUUAAACUUUACGGAAUAGCUGAACCACGGCUUUAUUCAUGCAAUGGAUAAAUACAGCAAAGUUGCCGUUGGAUCUAAGGUGGAUAUUCAGCGAACUGAUGGCCGUGUCCACUCUGCCUUGGUUAGCGGUGUCAAUUUGGACACGAAAAGUGUAACUGUAGAAUGGUAUGAAAAUGGAGAGACCAAGGGAAAAGAGAUUGAGAUAGAUCAGGUUUUCGCCCUGAACCCUGCACUAGUUGUACAACCCAAACCCAAAGCAGCAGUUCCUGGGAUAAGCAAGUCCAGAAUAAGUGCCACACCAAGUAUUACCAGGAACGCACCAAAAGACCAACCUGUCUCUACACCAAAAGCCACAAAAGGUAAAAAUGAAAGACCAUCUGCUCUCAACCUAAAUAAUGAUGAGGAGACAAAUGGAGGAGCCCCACCGCCUCGCAAAGAGAGCUCAUCCUCUAGUGUGGCUGGCAGAAGACGAUCUAAUUGUGUAAAAGAGGUUGAGAGACUGAAGAAGAAUAGAGAAGAAAGGCGAGCUCAACAACAAGAGCAGAAGGAACAGAGGAUGAAGUUACAGCAGGAGUAUGAUCCUGGCAAUCAAAACUGGGAGUUCAUACAGAUGAUCCGGGAAUAUCAAGAUGGAUUGAAUUUACGACAAAUGACCAUGAAUGAGCCUAUAACGGACCAUCAAAUUACUGUCUGUGUAAGGAAAAGACCUUUGUCUAAAAAAGAACUUGCUAAAAAAGAGGUUGAUGUUUGCAUCGUCCCGGAGACAGAUUAUUGUGUCAUACAUGAAUGCAAGUUAAAGGUUGAUCUGACAAAGUAUCUGGAAAACCACAAGUUCUGGUUUGACUAUGCCUUUGAUGAGAGUGCAGGAAAUGACCUUGUGUACAGAUACACUGCAAAGCCUUUGGUGGAGUGUAUUUUUAACCAGGGAAUGGCAACCUGUUUUGCUUAUGGGCAGACAGGCAGUGGGAAAACACAUACAAUGGGUGGGACGUUUACUGGAAAGCAGCAGGAUUCAUCCAAUGGUAUAUAUGCCCUUGCAGCAACUGAUGUCUUCAAGUUGUUCAAGCAUCCAAAGCACAAGGGCAAAGACUUGGUCAUCUCUUGUAGUUACUUCGAAAUUUAUGGCAGUAAGGUUUUUGAUUUAUUGAACAAACGCAAGAAGCUGCGAGUCCUUGAAGAUGGAAACCAGCAAGUCCAGGUCUGUGAGCUUCAGGAAAAGAUUGUCCACAACGUUCAAGAUGUGCUCAAGCUCAUUGACCUCGGGAAUAAACUUAGAACUUCAGGACAGACGUCUGCCAAUCAGAACUCAUCACGGUCACAUGCAGUCUUCCAGAUUGUGCUCAGAAAAAGGGGUUACGCCAAGGAUGGCUCAGGAGGUCACCUUUACGGAAAAUUCUCGUUGAUUGAUCUUGCUGGUAAUGAGCGAGGUGCUGACACAUCCACCGCUGACCGACAGACUCGACUGGAAGGGGCAGAGAUUAAUAAGAGUUUGCUGGCUCUCAAGGAGUGUAUACGUGCCCUUGGAAGGAAGGGGGCUCACCUGCCAUUCCGAGCAAGUAAACUAACACAGGUCCUGAGAGAUUCGUUUAUCGGGGAGAAUUCCAAGACAUGCAUGAUUGCCAUGAUCUCCCCCGGGAUGAGCUGCUGUGAGCACACCCUGAACACCCUCCGAUACGCUGACAGGGUUAAGGAGCUGGGCCCUGAGAAGCGAAACCGUAAGCGACCGCCUGCUAAUGGUGGUGAAGUUGGCGAGGGAGACGACGAGGAAGAAGUUGAAGAGGACGACGAUGAUCUUUCGCCAAUGGGCGAUAAAAACGUCAACAACGUGGACCUUGCGCUGCUCUGUACACAUAGUGGCUCCAGGGAUAACUCUCAGGAUUUAUAUACCUUCCACGAGGCUGUCUCUCAACUGAAUGACAUUGAAGACAAAAUUAUUGAUGAUCACAAGUGUACCAUAAAGGAGGCCAAAACAUUACUGAAAGAAGAGGAGCACUUGGUCGAGAGAGUGGACUCAGACGUCGAUUAUAACGUGGAGGAUUACGUCAAACGUUUGGACGAGAUCCUCGCCCAGAAAAUACAGAAAUUCACUGAACUGAGAGAUAAAGUGAACCAGUUUCGCAGACGUCUCGAGGAGGAGGAGGUGGCUAGCCGGAACAUCCGUAAACUACCGGGCUAUUAGACAGCGAAGAGUAAAUUAUUUUAACAGACAGACCGCAGGUGGAAGUGCAAUCCCCACACGUUGCUUGGAUUAGCGGGAGUUGUAUAUAGAAUAAUAGUGUGGGUAUAAGAGAGUGUUUAUUUAUUAUUGCCUUGUAAUUGUCCAACUUGACUCCCAGACAGAUUCACAUGAAUGUAUUUUUUUUAAUGGUAAAGGCCUGCGAAACGCGUGUUCAUAUUAUGACGUAUUCUGACAUGUGACUUUUUUUUUUUUUUUUUUGAGAGACAGUGGACAGGGUUCGACAUUGGCUUGACGUUCUGUCGAAUUUCUGGACAUUAUCCACAAAUAAGGGAUUUGAAACGUGAAUAAAUGACAACUAACGAAACAGCAUAUAAGGAAAAGAAAUCAAGAUGUUACGCGUUUAAGUUUUGCAGCCUUAAACGUUUUGUUCCCGGAUAAUCACGUGCAUAGUGACCAACCAAAUAUGGAGGUUAGUCCUUUGAGUAAGCAAUGUCUCGCCUUCCGCUGAACUUUGUUCCACUGACCUUCAUAGCGUCUAUUUUAGUUUUGGACCCGCCUAGAAGCCAAAAUAUUAGUCCUGUUUGAAAUAGAGUAUUAUCAAGCCAAAUAAAACUACAAUACAAGGAAUUUGAAUUCUUGGCGGGCGCAACACGUAAUCGGCUAUAAAAAAAGGCACUAGGGUACUCCUAGUAUUGACCAGUUGUCGCAGGUCUGAAGUAUAUUUUGUACUGUGAUGUGCACGGUUCCUGGCUGCAAGCUAUUACUGGCUAUGUGGGAGUGAACGGACACUAAACAAAUGUGGCCCAAAGCAUUACUUGGAUCAUGAAAAAAAUAAUUUAGCAAUCCAUCUGUUGUAUUCAGGAAUUUUAGACUGAAAUAAAACUUUGUGUCUCGA